AUGACCAGAAGGGUGAUUUCUUUUUUGGUGUUUGAUGAGGAAGACGUCUCCUUACCGUUGCUAGAAUGCAGAUGGUUGACAAUAAGUUCUUGUAUUUCAAGACUUUCCUUCGUCAUGCUGGACAACCUCUUUAGGGUGACUACUAAUUUGGAAAAUUUGAUGAUAUUUCCUGAUAUGCUAAUAUGUUGCUUAAAGGACUACCCAUUUCUUCAUCAUGAAGAAAUCUUUGAUUUGUUGGAAUAUGACUACCUCUCGUUUGAAGAAAACAUAUUCAAAGUUUCCUUACAGAAUUUGAAGAAUGUCAAGGUUAUGCCAUUUUGUAUUUGUAUCUGUAAACCUGAGACAACAAAGCUCGAUCAAUUCUUGAAGUUCUUACUUGAGCACGCAAUAAAUCUAGAGAAAAUGGUUAUAGUGCCAAAGCACAAGAGAUGCAACAGUUGUUCUACUAAUAUCUCACAAUUGAUGAAGAGUUUGUUACUUUUUCCAAGAACUUCUAUUAGUGCAAUUACUUCCUUAGGACCAGUUACCAAAAAUGUUUUUGACAUAUAG